GCGGCGUGACUGCGGGUUACCUGCGCAUGCGCGGGUGUGCUGCCAGCCUCAGUGAUAAUACACACACACCACCCACACUGGCUCUACUCUUUUAGCCUAAAUUGCCGACAAUGGGGGAACCACAGAGCGCCUUGCUACUUCGGAAACAGCUGGCAGAGUUAAAUAAGAAUCCAGUGGAGGGCUUCUCUGCAGGACUAAUUGAUGACAACGACAUCUUCAAAUGGGAAGUUCUUAUUAUUGGCCCACCUGACACGCUUUAUGAAGGAGGUUUUUUUAAGGCGCAUCUAAUAUUUCCACGAGAAUAUCCUCUUCGGCCACCCAAAAUGAAGUUCAUUACAGAUAUUUGGCAUCCAAACAUUGAGAAGAAUGGAGAUGUGUGUAUCUCAAUCCUCCACGAACCAGGGGAUGACAAAUGGGGUUAUGAAAAGGCCUCAGAACGCUGGCUUCCCGUGCAUACAGUCGAGACCAUCCUUAUCUCAGUCAUCAGUAUGCUAGCAGACCCUAAUGAUGAAAGUCCAGCAAAUGUCGAUGCAGCGAAAGACUGGCGUGAAGAUUACAAUAUCUUUAAGAAGAAAGUAGCUCGUUGUGUUCGGAGAAGUCAAGAGGAAUAGGAACUCUAGACUAUUAGCAUAUUCCUGGUUUUAAGGAGGAAAUAGUGGUGUGGCGGUGAUUCCCAAGAUAUCACAAAAGGUCUUAAGUGUGGACAGCAACAACUGCCAGCCUGUAAGGAACUGAUAUCGAAAUAUCUUACAAUUGUUGGCAAACAAGUUAAAAGUGACAGUGGUCUCCAAUGUGACCAUUGUAUUAAAGAGAGUGAAAAUUGGUUUUCAAAUGUGAAUACAUUAAUCAAAAAGUGUCAUAUAUGCAUAUAUAUAUAUAUAUAUAAUAUAUAUAUAUAUAUAAUAUAUAAUAUACUGUAUGUAUGUAUAUAUACACAUAUACAUAUACAUUCAAAAUAAUAAACUUGCAAAGAUGUGUGCAAUUAAGUGUUUUGGUAGUGUAAGAAACUGGGACCAGAUGCUAGACGGUUAAAUGUUUGGCAUCCACGUGGCAUUAUAUCUGAUCAGGGUCACAGUGUGAAUAAUCGGUGAAACCUCUUAAACUUGCCCCAGGGAAAGAGUAAUCGUGAAAAAGCUCAUAGGCAUAUCGUAGACAUUGAUUUCACCAAUGUAUGUCAAAGCAAGGUUUCAAACUCGCAUAUCUUCACUUUGCAGUUAGUAUCUUAUAAAAUGGUUUAAGUGUAAUGUUUCCCCAAUUGUUAACAGGUAUUUUAUACCUUUGAAAGAGCAUUAGUACAGAGGUAGUUUGUCACCUUGCUCGGGGUGGACUUCGGUGAGUUGUCUGGAAUAUGACAAUUUGUGGAGGUUAAGACAGGAAGGAGAGAUUGCCUUUCCUUACUCGAAUCCACAGUGCUCUUAUAGAUAUUAAACUACUCAGUCAAACCCUACUUUUAGAAAGUUUGGAUUUUGUUUCGCACCCUGAAUUCAGCUUCAAUUGCAGCUUUCUGGCUAUCAUCCGACGGCAUCGUCUCAUCAAAGUUGGCUUCUUUAAGUUGGUCCUGAGCAAGACUAUGAUGGUAGUUCUUUAACAGAGGAAACCCUCCAAAUUUCACCUCAAGACUUUUUUUAAUAUAUUAUUUUAUAAUGAAUAAAAUGUAUUAUUUUAUGUUGAAUACAUUUGGGGUAGGACCUUGCCCCUAUCCAAAUUUGAUGGUCACCUGCUUAAUUAAUUGUGGUUGUUGGUGUUGCCCAGAAUUGCGAUACGCUCCAUCUGAAGCAAACACUAUGACGACGAAUUUGGGUUCUACUUUUAAGAGGAAGAGAAGGUGGAUCUCAUCAUAGAAUUAUCAAAAUCAAGCAUAUUAGAUAGGUCAUAUUUUUUAGAUACUGAAAUUAGAAUUAGGCAUGUGAUUACUGUAUUGAACCUUAAAACACUUGGUGGAAUGUGCAGCAGCACAAAAUGGGAAUGCAACUGAGUUUCCUUUUUUUUCUUUCUUUCUUUCUUUCUUUAUUAAUAAAUUGUUGAGAGUUAUGUAAACUUUUUGCUCACUGAUCAUGGAAGGGGGGGGGGGAGAUGAAGUUGCCGGAACUGUCGGUUAUCCAGUGAAAGUGUAGUACUGGGCUCUUCACUUCAUGGACAGAGCCUGCUCAAGGUACCUCUAAUUGUUACCAGCCAUGUUUAAGUUUAGGCAAUAUAUGAUAUCUCGAGCAAAGCACAGAGCUGAGCUGCUUAUUAAGGAACUCUCAUUCUGUUUCGACAUGUUUAAACCAGACGAGAUUAUCCAGCUCGUUAGACUAACCUCCAGGUGGUACACCCUUCACUCUUAACAUUAUUUCCAGUGUUUGUUUUGUGCCAAAAAUUGCUCUUAUAGUAUUUGUUCAUUACUAUUCUCAGAUGCACAGUCAGGUGUUUGUUAGGCUUGCAUGAAUUUUUGGGACAACAAAACGUUUUAGGUGACAAUGCAGUUGAAGUAAUACAGUAUGUGCAUUAGUAAACUGUUUAAAGGGUGUCAUCCUGUUGUGUAUUUUCAGGUCAGUAAAUCAACAUUUUUUCAGUACAGCUCAUCCUACCUAGCUUGACUCUGCCAUGUUAAUUGACUAUAUGUUUUCUGUAGAACCCCCCGUGAAAGAUUGAAUACCUCAGUGUUGAGUUCUCGCAUUGUGCAGGACUUGGGCUUGGGGGACGACAGUGGCACCUACCCAAUCAUCUGAGGAGUUAGAUAAGAAUGUCAAUUAAGCCUGAAGUGAGUGUGGGUGGAGCACUGUCAUGGCCCUGUCUCGACAAAUAAGUGGAAGCCCAAGUAUGAAAAGUGUGAUAUGAUACUGGACAUUAUGAACUGCUACUGUGAACAUUCGUUUUAUACUUUUUUCCAUAUUCCUGCAAUAUGUUUUAAGUAACAGUUUGUAGCUGUCCUUAUAUUCAAUAAACAUCAAGCUUAA